GGUUUUUUUAUUUUAUUAUUAUUAUGGAUAGGAUUUGGUAGGUACAGCGCUUGAACUGAUUUUUAAGCUGCUAUUGAGAUGAAUAAUUUUUUUUUUUUUUUCCCCCCGAAAGAAAAAUAUAGGAACAAAAUAGUAUUUAGUUAAAAUAUAGGGGUAAAUUUUGGGAUUUUCUAGUGGAAAGGAAGGAGGAGAGAAAAUGGCAGCAGCGAACCUUUUGAAAGGAAGCGGCGGCGUUGGAGUGUUGCUCUGCUCCUCCUCCGCCUCCUCCUCGCUCGGCCUCCGCAGAAUGAGAUUGUCUUCUCUCGCUUCUCAAUCUGAAUCUCAUUAUAAUUAUAGUUAUAUUUAUAAUUAUCAGAAGCUAAUUCCGACUUCACAUGACUCAUUAUCAUUGUCAUUAUCUACAAGAAUAGGAGUAAGAGGAAGCAGAAGCAGAAGGUUUUGUAAUAGCAGCGCCACCGCCGAAACCGAAAACGCAACCGCGGCGGAAGAAGACAAAGCAAGAGUAAUAAAAGAGACGGCGGAUUUGCUGGACAUUAGGGUUGGGCGUAUCCUGAAGGCGCGGAGGCACGAGGAGGCCGAUUCCCUUUACGUCGAGGAGGUCGAUGUCGGAGAGCCUCAGCCCCGCAUCAUCUGCAGCGGCCUCGUCAAUUACAUUCCUCUCCACCUCCUUCAGGACGCACGAGUGGUGGUGCUGGCAAAUCUGAAGCCGAGGAACAUGCGCGGCGUCAAGUCGUACGGAAUGCUAAUGGCGGCUUCCGACACUUGCCAUUCGAAUGUGGAGCUUCUUGUUCCUCCCGAGGGUUCCAUUCCUGGUGAUCGGAUCUGGUUCGGCUCCGAAGGUGAAGGUGAAGGCGAAGCUGAACACCAACCUCCUCCCCCGGCCUCCCCAAAUCAGAUCCAGAAGAAAAAGAUAUGGGAAGCAGUACAACCACAUCUUAAGACGAACGAUUCAUGCGUUGCUACGCUGCUUGGGGAGCAUGUGAUGCGGGCAUCUGCUGGUCUCGUCUUCUCUACAUCCUUAAAGAAUGCUAAUAUCUCCUGAUUUUAUUUUUUGGCUUUGUUUUGUUAUCUUUAUCGAUCUCACAUUUUCGUUUUUGUUUUUGUUUUCAUUUUCAUUUUCAAAGGGCUGGUGUUAUGAUACUUAUUAUUCACCAACAUCCAUAUUUCAAUCACAUGUAAUGUAUGAUGUGUUCCUAUUACCUGGCGUAUUUGAUUGAAAGAGUUACAAGGCAUGUUUUUCAUACUCGGGAGGGAGGAUGGACGAUAAAGCUAAAUGUUCGUCGUCAAUUUGAGUUGCAUUAAGCAAAUUUGGUUGGCCUAUAUGACAUCUCAGCAGCCCCUUAGGAUGCUGCGCUUUCUUAUUAAGUACCAAUCCUAAUGUUUGAUUGAUUACGUGUAUAUAACUUUCGUUGUAUAUAGUUAUAGGUGUUAUACAUAUAUAUUGACCGAAUCGAAUACUAAUACCAUGAUGUUUCUUAGAUCUAUCCAAUCCGCCCAUCUUUAUGUUGGUAUAUUCAACUCUCGGACUCUUCGAAUGCUUUUAUUUUUCUGGUAAAUUCCUCAAUUCACUUUGAACAAAUAGAAACGUGGCUGGC